UUUUUUAGAAAUGUCAUCAAAUUCUUCAAAAAUUGUUUUAGAAACAACAAUGGGCACAAUGUCAAUAGAGCUCUAUUGGAAACAUGCACCUAAAACAUGUCAAAAUUUUUAUGAAUUGGCGAGAAAAGGUUACUACAACAACACAAUAUUUCACCGCGUUAUUGCCGAUUUUAUGAUCCAAGGAGGCGAUCCAACAGGAACGGGUAGGGGUGGAACUUCAAUUUAUGGACGACACUUUCAAGAUGAAAUAAGCGAUGAAUUGAGACAUACUGGGGCUGGAAUUAUUUCAAUGGCAAAUUCUGGACCGAACACUAACGGCUCCCAAUUUUUCAUUACAUUGGCACCGACACAACAUCUGGAUGGAAAACAUACAAUUUUUGGACGGUUAUCUACUGGGAUUAGGGUCUGCUUUUGAAAUUUAAAGUGGUAAAAUAAAAAAUUAAUUUUAGACUCUUCAAAAAAUUGGGGCCGUAAAUACAGAAAAUAAUGAUAGGUGGGGAGAAAAAAAAUUUUU